AUGUCGAUUGUUAUAAGAUGUGUGACUGUUGAGGAUGAAAGUAAAGUCAAGGUAGAGGAAUUCUUUCUUGGGUUUAUUAAGGUUCAGAACACGUUGGGGCUUGGGCUUUUCAAGCGACUUGAUGGAGCUUUGGUUGAUCUCAAACUCAACAUUGAUGAUAUAAGAAGACAAGGUUAUGACAAUGGCUCAAAUAUGAAAGAAGAUAUUGUGUUUUCGGAAGCUAAAGGCUUGUGCAAGAAUGCUUUGGAGGAUUUUGAGUUCUUGAUUAGCUUAUGUAUUUGGUACAAAAUCUUAGACAAAGUUAAUCAAGUUAGCAAAAUUCUUCAACGAGAAGAGAUGGAUAUUGAAGAUGCAAUUACAAGGAUAAAAGAGUUGAUUUUAUUCUUUGAAGAGUUUAGAGAAGAUGAUUUUGAAGACUUGAUGAAGGAAGCUAAAGAACUUGCUCAUGAUGUUGGUUUUGAACCGGUUUUUGCAGAAAAAAGAGUUGUUCAAAGAAAGAAACAAUUUGAUGAGGAUGUGGUAGAUGAUGCCCAUGGAAGUCAAUCUCCGAAAGAGCGUUUUAGAACUUCUUAUUUCCUCUUCAUCAUAGAUCAAGCUCUUGCAUCACUUAAGGACCGGUUUAAGCAAUUUGAACUUUAUGACUCAAUCUUUGGAUUUUUGUUUAACGCGAAAUUCAAGAGUGUUAGUGAAGACCAAUUGAUGGAACAUUGUACUAAACUAGAAAGUUUCUUGGAAUACAAACAACGUGGUGAUAUUUAUGGGAAUGAGUUAUUCCAAGAGCUUAGACAUUUGAAAAUAAUAUUGCCGAGAGAAGUAACAAAAUCGAUCGACAUCCUUGAUUUUAUAAAGUCUUAUUGGAAAGAUGGCGGUUUCCAAAUGGUUUGGGUUGCUUAUCGAAUUUUGUUGACUAUUCCGGUCACAGUUGCUUCUGCGGAGAGGAGCUUUUCAAAGUUGAAGUUGAUAAAAACAUAUCUUCGGACUACCAUGUCACAGGAGAGAUUAAAUGGAUUAGCUAUGAUCUCAAUUGAAAAUGAGUACUUGGAUAAAUUAGAGUAG